AUGGGAUGGUAUGUUGAGUUCUGGGAACAGCUAGUAGUAUGGUUUGACUGGAAGCUGCGCCCACCUUCGGCUGCCGGAGGGGGGCGCUCGCACGCGCACGAGGCUCGGUGCGCGCGCCGGCCGCCGCUCCCACGUGGGAAGGCGGAAGUGCGUGGUGACUUAUCUGUGGGGCUGCGAUCGCUGGAUCUGGCGGGAGCCGAGCUCGCCAUGGCGGCCGGUGCCGGGGGUAUCGCGCCUGCGGCCCCGUCUCUGGUGGAUCGCUAUUUCACCCGCUGGUACAAGGCCGAUGUGAAGGGAAAGCCAUGUGAAGAUCACUGUAUAUUGCAACACUCUAACAGAAUCUGUGUAAUCACAUUGGCAGAAUCUCAUCCACUUCUUCAAAAUGGAAAAACAAUUAAAAGUAUUAACUACCAAAUCAGUGCCAACUGUAGCAGACUUCAGAACAAGGUUUCUGGGAAGUUUAAACGGGGGGCACAAUUUCUAACAGAACUUGCACCUCUUUGUAGGAUAUCCUGUUCAGAUGGAGAAGAAUAUACUGUGUCAAGCUGUGUGAGAGGACGGUUGAUGGAAGUGAAUGAAAAUAUUCUAGAUAAGCCAUCCAUUUUGCAGGAAAAGCCAUCCACUGAGGGAUAUAUUGCUGUUGUGCUACCCAAAUUUGAAGAAAGCAAGAGCGUUACUGAGGGAUUGUUGACACAAAAAGAAUAUGAAGAAGUCGUGGUGAAACGAAUUAAUAACAGAUCAGAAACACCAUGAAGACAAAUGAAAUCAAAAGAAACACAAAUCUAUACGUGUUAAAGGACCAACUGCUGUAGAGCACGACUGGACAAGAAAGUGGUGGUAGGAACAGUCCUCUCCAUAUUGUGGGAUGGCUCUGCUUCAGUUCCUGGCCGCUUCAGUACUGGUGAUCUUUGCCAGUCCAUCUUGAUUUCUUAGGUCAUCUUUCCCUCCCCUGCCCAAGUAUACCCUCUUUUCAUCCAGCUCUUCUCACUUAUUCAAAUACAACAUAAACAUCUGGGAAGCUGCAAAGACUAUUUUCCAGAUAUUUUGGAUUCUCUUUGGUGAAACAAAAGACACCCCACCCUUGACCCCUCAGGCCUCCUCCUUCACCAGUUUCAACAGAACAUUCAGACAAGGUAGUACACUCUGCCCAAGGACACUUCUUGCUUGCCUGAACUGGCAGAGUAGAGAUUGGAAAUGAGAGGAGGUAGAAACUAGACUGUCUUCUCUUUACUUAUUUUUUUGACCAGACCUAUUAUUUGGGGAGCUUUUGGUGAGGAUUUCUCUCUCCCAUUGCAGAUGGCCACAUGCUCUUCAGCUUAAAGAGCCUAAGAAAGCUGCUUGGGGUCCUAAGAGAUUAGGGACUUGCCCAGGGUAAAACUGUCUGUGUCAGAGGCAGGACUUGAAUCCAGGUCUUCCUGGUCUAAGCUCAUCUCUUUCUAUCCACCAUGUUAUUUCGCUUGUCUUCUGAUCUUCAGUAAGGCUUUUCGUAUCUCUGUUCCUCCUGUUUCUGGGGUGUUCUCUCCCAUCUCAGCUCAGAGCUGAGAUGCUGAGAUUCAAGUAUGUGAGUUCUCACUGAAGUUGGUAGCAAAGAGUUUUAGUGCUUAUGAAAGUAUUACAAAAAGCAUAAAAUGCUAUCCAGUGUGUAACGUUUGAUCAUUCUUUUUUUGGGUCUUGACAGAUGCUGUUGGUUGAAGAAACUCCCUUUACAAAGGCAGAUGUGGUAGCUGCUUUGCAGCUUAGGGUGUUAAAAGUUGCUAACGGCCCUGAGAGGUUAAGUGACUUGCCCAAGGUUAUAAAGCCUGUAUUUGUUGUAGCUGGGACUUUGAGGCUAGCUCCUAUACACUGUGCCAGGCCACUUCUCACUGGUAAAAUACCAUAACUCAAUUUUUGAGCAUUUAUUGCAUAGCUACUUUAUAAGUGUAUGUAAGGCUCUAGGCACACCAAUGUUUUUUAAACCUCAAGUAUCUUGAGUAAAUUUUUAGGGGAGACUUUAUCACGUAAUCAAUUUAGUGAAAUGCAGAAUUUUAGGGCUGGGAAGGGGCUUUAGAGGUUAUCUUCAUCUGUAAAAAGUCAUCUUCACAGAGGUCUUCCUUCAUCUGUAAAGUAAUA